AAUACAACAGGAAGCGAAGUCGAGAAGUAUUUGAAACUGAUGAUCAUGGUAAGAAGCACCAAAUUACAUACAUGAAAGGAUGCAAAGUUCCCAAGCUUAUGGAAUACAAAAAAGUGAGGCGCUUUGUAAAUUCUGUUGACAUUGGCGAACUGAAAGAGAUUCCAAGAGCCAACCAUUCAGCUCUUGACAAACAGCAACAAUCUGACGAUGAAAGCAGUGGUGAGCAUGCUGUGUCAGGUUGUUAUAGAGAGUUAGAGUCCUUCCUACUUAAGAUAGCUAGCCUGUAUUUAGUUCUAGAUAAUGCACAACCUGGGUUUCUUAAUUGGUUUGGUUUACGUAAAGGCAUGUUUCAGGUAUCAAUAGGAGCAGAUGGGGCCCCAUUUGGUAAAUAUAACCAGGCAACAGCUUGGCUUGUUUCAUUUUUAAAUGUCGCUGAUAGAGUCGCAAGCUGUGAUGAAAACUACUUAAUAUGUGGGGCAAAUUGCUCAGAAGAGCACCAAUCAAUGAUUGAGUAUGGUAAGUUACUUAGAAAAGAGAUGGAAAUUAUUGAAAAGAAAACAUACCUCAUUGAGGGAAUUUCCAUCUCUUUUUCAUUUGAGUUAUUGCCAGCAGAUAUGAAGUGGUUAGCAUUUAUCUCUGGGGAGCUUCCUAACUCAGCCACCUAUUUUUCUUCAUUUGCCAACGUUUCGGAAUCCGAAAAGAGUCAAAUGGGUAAAACUUUUGGGUCAACUAGUGAUGAUUAUUUUCAACCAUGGGACUACCAAAAACGUUUGGAGGUUGUAAAACGUGUUGAAAAGUACAAGAGUAAGCUUACCCAAAAGCAGCUAGUUGGCCGCACUAAGGUAACUCAAUUCAUUGCAAGUCAAAAAUCUCGACAAGAAUUUGAACCUAUUUUGGGGCCUUUUAUAGACAAGGCUGUUGUAGAACCAUUACAUCUGGCAAACAAUAAUUGGCAAUUUUUGUUCACAGAAUUGUUCGAAUAUGUUUUGUACUCAAAAACAGUAAUUCCAUGUAGUGCCAAAAAAAUAACAGAUUUACCAAAGAGCUGCUGUUUGAGAAAGUUUUUGUCAUGUUUAAAAAAGAAAGUAAAAGCAAAUAGGCUGUAUAACUCAAUUCUUCGGUGGUUUAGAGAAGGUCGUAAAACUGGCAAUGCUUUUCACUUCAGAUUCACUGGUCAAGAAACCAGGUUGAUGUGUAAUGGUUUUUCAAAACUAGUGAAGGUUUUACUGCCAAACAAUUUAGACUGUUAUGAAGAUCUUAUUGUCUAUGCUAUAUCAUUUAUGGCAAUUAAUCUCAGGGAUGCAGUGUCCAUAUUUUCACGAAUAACAGAUAUGAGACAGGAGCUCCUUGCUAAGUUAAAUAGGUGUUGUGUUAACUACUUUAAUGCAGCUGCAUUAUUUCUCAGUAGGAUUACGGUUAGUGUUUGGACAGUGGGCAAUGUAGUACCAGUGCAUGCCAAUAAGUUGUUUGAAAAGUUCAAAACAGGAUUGGGUUUAAACACCAUGCAGGGACGGGAGGCAAAACACCAACGAUUGGGGGAAUACUCUAAAAAUACCACAUAUCAGCACAGAUAA